UUUCAGCUUCUAUCAUCAUGUUUAAUACAAAGAGGUAAAGAUGUGGAUGGCCUCUUCGGUUUUCUAUAUGAAGAUAUCGUCAAGGAGAUACAAAGAGCUAAGAAACAUGUAAGUAUCUUCCUAUUCAUUUAUGUAGUUUUAUCAUUCUUGAAUAUAUGCACAGUAUGUCCACUGCAUAAGUGUUUUCUAAUUUGUAUAUUUAUUUUAGGUCCAGAAUCAGAGUUUCAAUCGGUAUGUGUGAUUUGCUACGAGGCGGUGGAUGGGUAUCCUACUAUCAAUACAUUCUGGCCGCCAUGCUGCGCCAGAGAUGCCUGGUUCCAUAGGAGCUGUUUACAGCGGAUGGCUUUAACUGCGGGCAUGCACUACUUAAAAUGUCCACUAUGCAAUGACAAGGACAACUUCUAUCAAGCCGUCGUCACGCAGGGAUACUAUGUGCCAGACAGAGACGCAGCGUGGGAGUUGGAACAAAACGCGUUCUCUGAGAUUUACGAACGUGAAAUACCUUGCUCUGCCGCCGACUGUAAAUGUCCCAUGGGACGGAGCCAUGAUGCUGACAAUGGGCCGUGGUGCAUCAAGCUGUGCCUGCUGUGCGGCAGCGACGGCGCGCACGGCGCCUGCAGCCCCGCGGCGCGCGCGCACGUCUGUGUCGACUGCGCGCCCGCCGCGCCGCCCUGCAUCGACCAGCUCGCGCGCUGCAUCGAAGUGCCGUGGUGCAUCAAGCUGUGCCUGCUGUGCGGCAGCGACGGCGCGCACGGCGCCUGCAGCCCCGCGGCGCGCGCGCACGUCUGUGUCGACUGCGCGCCCGCCGCGCCGCCCUGCAUCGACCAGCUCGCGCGCUGCAUCGAAGCAGUGAUAUCACAAGAGCAACAGCAGACAUCGUCUCGUUCCCGUCGCGGCCCCGUGAUGCCGUCCCGGAUGUCGUUACGACGGACCAAGAGAAAUACGUCACAGAAUAUGCCGUCGUGUUCAUCUGCAGGUGCUGAAGAAAUUAAACAUGAUGUCAAACCUGAGCCGCCAACAAACACAACGUUAUCGCGUCGAGAAUUAAACUUGAAACCACCGAAGAUACAAGAAACAAAUAUACUAGAAAGUCUACUGAGUAAGAAACCAAACCCAGGGAAGGAAUCACCGAGUAAAAUCGACUUGGACACGUCUGAAUGCAAAUACCAAUCGCCGAUGAAGAUGUUAGAAGAGUCAUUGAGAGUAAAAAUGAAAAAUUUGGGCGCGAAAAAUGUUAUUCUUGAUGAGGAGACAGUUGAGGGUUUACGAAGGAAGUUCCGGAAGCCGAAGCCUUUGAGGGAGAAACGGAAGAUUGUUAAUGAUAUCCUAAACGAGGUGUUCGACAAUUUGCUGAAAGAGACGAAACAAAAAGAUCCCGUCAUACAAUGGAAUUCACCGAAAAAGUACGACACCACUCCUGAAGUCAUUGCGGCUCUGGAUAACACACCACCGCCUAUAUCAAAUAAAGAAAAUACGAAAACGCCCAUCAAACAAGAAGUCGACUCCGAACAAAACACAUUUGUGACUCCAAAGAAACGUCCUGAAGCAAAUUUGGCGGCAAAAUACGAUAAGAACUCUGAAAUUUUAAGAUACACUACGUUCAAAUCACCAAAUAAACUAAAAACUGUCGAUAUAUUGAAGAAUUCAAGCUUAGAAAUCUCCGCUCCAGACGAAAUUGUGAAUAUAGACAUGAUUAAAAUAGAAAAUAUGGAAAAUGAGGAUUUUAUUAAGAAACUUGGACUAAAAUCGCCGGAGAAGAGCGAGAAAUGCGCUUUCAAGUUUAGUCCGUAUAAUAAAGAAGUGUUGGAGAGCCAGAAUAUAGACAUAGACGUCGAAAGUUUCAAAGACCAAUACCUAAAUGAAGUAGGCUUGCAAAGAACUAAAAAAGAAGAUAGAAAAGAGGUAGAAACAGUCAAUAAUACAACCAAGAAAAGCCGUAAACGAAAACUAAAUGAUGAUUUCGUGUUAAAAGUCGAGUCUAAGAAACGCAAAAAGAAUAGGAAAGAUAUAUCUAUUAAGGAUAAAAAUAUAAAAGUCAAAAUCCGUUGGCGGGACGAAGAAUUGAAAGUGCAGAUUAGAGAUACGAAUAAGAUUAAGAAAUCAAAGAAAUAUAAACAAUAUAUUCUAGAAUGUUCGUCCGACAAUUGCUCUACAGUGAAGCCGGAUAAGGAAAUCACUCCAUUGCGUCGAAAAUAUAAAAAACAAGAUAAGUCCCCGGAUAAUCUGAUUCAAACGUCUAUACAGAAAUUUUUCAAAGUUAAAUCUAAUGAAUAAACGUCAUUUGUUGUUAUCAUGUUAAAAAACAGUAGUCAUAAUAUGGCGAAAUACUCAAACGUUACUCAAUUUGAAGUCGCGCUUAUGUAUACAUAGUUCUGUCACUACAGACUUUGUAAAA